GUACAAAACUUGGAAAAAGGGCACUCCACGCGAUAGCAACGUCGGUUUCCUUGAGUUGCAGCAAAGAUGGUGGUCAAAGCUGUAUGUGUGCUGAGAGGAGCCGGGGACGCAGCCCCCAAAGGCACGGUUUACUUUGCGCAAGAGAAUGAAUCAGCCCCCGUCAAGGUGACGGGUGAAAUCAGUGGUCUUACCCCUGGUGAGCAUGGUUUUCACGUCCAUGCUUUUGGGGACAACACAAAUGGGUGUGUCAGUGCAGGACCUCACUACAAUCCUGAGAAGAAGAAUCACGGUGGGCCUACAGAUCAAGAAAGACAUGUUGGAGACUUGGGGAAUGUGGUGGCAGAUGCAAAUAAUGUUGCCAAGAUAAGCAUUGAAGACUCUCUCAUCAAACUGUCUGGCUCCCAUUCUAUCAUUGGCAGAACCAUGGUGAUACAUGAGAAAAGUGAUGAUCUUGGAAAAGGACAAAAUGAAGAGAGCCUGAAGACUGGUAAUGCUGGCGGACGUCUAGCCUGUGGAGUUAUUGGCCUUGCUGAGUCUACCUAGUUUGUCACAUUAAGCACUGGAUUUUCCUCACUGCACAUAGACCAACUUAGCUAUUUGAUGUAACAGUUUGACCUUUUCAGUACUCGGGGUUUUUAACUAGAUAAAGGAAGUUAAUUUUCUGUCCUGAAUGUUCCUAGUGGUGACAGAUGUCCAAAUGAAGUCUAUAUGUCUACCAGUUGGCUUUGGUCCUAAAGAUAUGGUAAUGCUUAAAGAAUUUACAAACGUUUCAUCGUAAAAUAAAGUCGUUCAACAAA